AGGGUUUGUGCUGAGGUUGAAACGCCUGACUGACGGAGCUCAGCAAUUGGCGGGAGGGGAGGCGUUAACUCGAGGGAGGAGAAACGACCCCUGAGCGACAGCACCCGCCGCGCCACCGAGACUCUGUCCUCCUCCAAGGCUAACCGAGGGAGGCUGAGACCUUACGUUGCGUAAAGGCCGCUUCGACCCGGAAACAAACCUUUUAAAAACCCACUCUCUCAGGGGCGGGAGGAAUCGACGCGUCCGGAAGAGCGGACAGCUUCACGGUUGCUAGGCGACAAGUCAGGCGCACCUGAGCGCUCUCGGGACCGAGACCCAGAGGAGCUGCGUCCCCGCUCUGCAGGCAGGAGGAAGCCUCUGAUGAUGACUGAAUAAGAUACCGAUUGAUCUGACAGAGAUUCCUUUGCCAUCAGAUGUCUUUCUGCUUGACUGAGCUACACCUGUGGUCUCUGAAGAGUACCUUACACAUUGCGGAUAGAGACAUCGGCGUCUACCAGUACUAUGACAAGAAAGAUCCACCAGUGUCAGCAACAGAGCAUGGUAACUUAGAAGAAAAACAAAGGCUGGCAGAGUCACGAGAUUAUCCUUGGACACUCAAAAAUAGACGCCCAGAAAAACUUCGAGACACACUGAAAGAAUUGGAGGAAUUGAUGCAAAACAGUCCGUGUGUGCUGAGCAAAUGGAAGAACAAAUGCAUCUGUCAGCUCCUCUUUGGUUCAGGUGUGUUGGUGUCCCUAAGCCUUUCUGGGCCUCAGCUGGAGAAAGUGGUGAUUGACAGAAGCCUGGUGGGAAAGCUCAUCUCAGACACCAUCAGUGAUGCUCUUCUUACAGACAGUUUCAUCAUCUUAUCAUUUUUGGCACAAAACAAACUAUGUUUUAUUCAGUUUACAAAGAAGAUGGAUUCUCUUGAUGUAAACAAGAGAUUGGAAAAACUCUCAGCCUUGGAUUAUAAGAUUUCCUAUUAUGACAUACCUGGCCCAGCAAACAGGACACUAGAGCGUCGCUUAGCUAUCAAUUCCAUUCAGGAUGUAGUUGUUUGCUGGUGGCCGCUGGUCAGUGAUGGCGCUUGGCCUUGGACUCCAAUCUCUUCUGAGAAGGACAGAGCCAAUCUCCUGCUCCUGGGUUUUACUCAAGGAGGACUGCAGGUUCUGAGUUCUGUUCGCACAGAAUGGAAUCCUCUGGACGUUCACUUUGGCACCAAACAGCCUCAUCAGGUGUUGACAGUGGAGUGCUCCAUCGGUGUAGACAAGGAGCACAUGGCUGACAGCUGUGUCUAUGAGUGUGUCCGGAACAAACUUCAGUGCGUGUCAGUUACCAGAAUUCCACUAAAAUCGAAGGCCAUCAGCUGUUGCUGGAAUUCCACUGAAGACAAACUGAUUGUGGGCUGUGAAGACUCUUCAGUAAUUCUCUAUGAAGCGCACCGCGGAGUGACUCUCCUGGCCCAGGCUGAACUUCUGCCGUCAUUAAUAAGCUGCCACCCAAGUGGUGCCAUUCUGCUAGUUGGCAGCAACCAAGGGGAACUGCAAAUUUUUGACAUUGCUCUAGCCCCUAUUAACAUCCAGCUCUUGGCUGAAGAUCGCUUACCCAGGGAGACUCUGCAAUUCAAUAAAUUCUUUGAUGUUUCAAGCAGUCUUGUUCAAAUGCAGUGGAUUGCUCCUCCUGUUGUUUCCCAGAAGUCUGAAAGAGGAGAAAUCUAUGAUCUCCUCUUUCUCAGGUUCAACAGAGGACCUGUGGGUGUGCUGUUGUUUAAACUUGGUGUCCUCACUCGAGGACAGCUUGGCCUGGUAGACCUCAUUCUCCAGUACGUUCACUGUGAUGAGGUGAAUGAGGCAAUAAACAUCCUGAGCAGCAUGAACUGGGACACCAUGGGCCAGCAGUGCUUCGUCAGCAUGAGCGCCAUCAUGAACCAUCUUCUUCGACAAAGACUCACUCCGGAGAGAGAAGCGCAGCUUGAGACAAGCCUUGGAACCUUCUAUGCUCCAACAAGACCACUUCUGGAUACAACUAUUUUGGAGUACAGAGACCAGAUCAGCAAGUAUGCCAGGAGAUUCUUCCACCACUUGCUCAGGUACCAGAGAUUUGAAAAGGCCUUUCUCUUAGCUGUUGACAUUGGUGCUCGUGACCUGUUUAUGGAUAUUCAUUACCUUGCCCUGGAUGUGGGUGAACUGGCACUGGCUGAAGUGGCGAGAAGAAGAGCAUGUGACAUUGAUGUCAUGUCAGUAUCUUCUGGAGUUGAACUCUUGGGGCCCCUGGAUGGAAGAGACAUGCUAAAUGAAGCUUUUGCUGGCCCAGCUUUAACACCUGAAGGAGAAAACACAUUUCCAGACCUUCCUUCCAUUGGUUCCACACACAGACAUGCUGUUCAUCAGAAAAUACCAAAUGGCCCUUCUAACAGACGGGCAAUGGAGAGAAGGAGUGAGCAGGAGGGGAACCCCCACCCUGACUCUUCAGUGAUCACCGCCUCAGAUGCAGAAGGAGGACUGAAAGAAGACUACAGGGGACAGGACACUGGAGAUGUUGGUUCUCUCAGAAUGGUUCAUUUUGGUUUGGUGUAAAUCACUAGAAACUCCAUCAUAUCUUUUAUAUUGCCCUGAUUCAAUACAAAUCUCCAUGUAUGGAUUUUAAUAGAAAGAAAGAUGGUACGUGCAGCACAGCAGAACAGUAGCAAAGUGACCCUAAAUAAAAGUCCUCAACCACUUA